AUGCAGCGGAUCGCGCUCGGUGAUGGCUUCUCCUCGCCGUCCCCGCCAUCCUCGUCUUCUGCCGCCUACUCGUCGCCGCUCGAGAGGAUAGGCGGUGGUGCCGAGCUCGGCAUUCGCAUGAACUACACCAUGGCUAUCACUCGUUUUGUCAACUCCAUCGUCGAUUCCUACCAGUCGGGCAACUUUGCCCAGUCCAUCGCAGCCAUCGCCGCGCGCAUCGGCUUGCCCCACUGGUUCGUCGAGCUCAGGCACGCAGGCACGCACGAGGAUCUGCCCAGCCUCACAGUGUGCAGAGAAGCCACCAGAGCUGCUCUCGAGUGGCUUCAUCGCAACUUCUGGGCCCCCACUCUUUUCGCCCAGCAGAACGGCCGAGACGAGAACGCUGCUCCUUCCACAUCGAGCGAGGUCGCCUCGACGAUUGUCCAGGUGCGAGCCGCACCCAGCGACGAACAGCAGCGCAAGGAGCGGUCGGACGCGCUUGAGCAGAUCCGUACCCUCGUCAAGUCCUACAAGAAGCUCGGCAAGGCCAUCGUCAGGGACAAUAGCCUCGCCGGUCGCCAGCGAGCCGACGUCGUCAGGCUGUUCAAGGGCAUCUACAGCUGGACCACUUCGAGGAUGAUGGUCGCAGGCGCCCCGUCGAAGCUCAUCGCGUCGAGGAUGGGGAGAAAGCGGACCAGAGAAGAGAUUGAAGAUGAAAGUGCCUGGGCGGACGACACCAAUGGGUAUGAUGCCGAGCUGGUCCGGGCCGCCAACAAGGACCUGAUCGAUGCGCUGCUCAAGCCUGGCGGCAUCGUUCCACUCUCCAAGGCCAAGCGCGUCCGCGCAUCCGCCCAGGCCGACGCCAUCGUCUUGCCAUCAGAGUUGGAGGAGACGUGGUCCCCGCUCAUCGCCUACCUCCGCGCCAACCUAGGACUGCCCUUCCUCACUGUCCUUUUUGAGGAGCUCAUCGCCUCACUCGCCUACUCGGCACCGGAGACGCCAGAGUCCGCGUCGGACGGCAGCUCGUCGAGAGCAGAAGGGGAGGAUGAAGACUGGAGGCGCGAUGCCUGGAUCCAGCCGACCUACAAGAAGACGGCCGAGGCGUGGCUGCGGCACCUCAUCGUUGUCGAUGGCCAGAUGAUGGGCGAAGAUGUGACAGAGAUCCACCGCGGCGCUGCCAAGACUCUUGAGAUGGCCGUCAUCGAGCAGUGUCUGCGUCUGCCGGCGGAAGGUACGAUCUCGCUGCUGCGCCUGGUGGGCAGCUUGAGCGAUAGGCUCUCGGCGGCGAUCGCGCCGCUUCUCCCGGUCCUCGAAUCCUCGGUCAGUCUCGGCGUGUCUGAUCUGUUCGCAAAAGCCGAGACCGCCGAGGCAGAGGUCAGGACGGCUUCGGCAGAAGCCGGCGAUGACAGCGGCGCCGCUCCCUCAGCCGCAGCUGCCGCUGCAGAAUCGGCAUCUGCGACUGCAGCCAGCGCAAGCGACGCCGAAGGCGCCCAGGCUGUCGCUGUCGAAGUGGCUCCUAGCGAUGACACGGGAGCUGGGGAUGGCGCCGAUGCACAGGCGGUGGCCGAGACUGGAUUCGAGGGUGAGCUGGCAGAGAUGGAGGCGCGGCUGGAGCAGCUGCACAGGUCCAGCGCCGACGCGGAAAGGCACGGGACCCGAGCUCUCCUCACAGGAGCCGCCGGCAGCGGGGGUGACGGUAACGACGGCGGCGAUGCGGCGGCGGCAGUCGCAGCAAUGUCUGAACUGCCAGCCGGAUGGGCUCGGGCCGGACCGCGCUGGACUCCCACGCCGAUCGGAUGCCUGGAAGGUCGUGUCCCGGCGCUCAGCCUCGCCUUUUGA